AUGUACCGUCGUCCAUCGGCCUAUCUGCCAUACCGUCGUCCACUAGCCCUAUCUGCAGUACCGACGUCCAUUCGCCUGUCUCCAGUACUCGUUCGAUCUAUUUGCCUAUCUGGCAGUACAGUCGUCGCACUCGCUACCAAUGCACGCAUUACCUACGAAUUCGACUUUACACCUGGACGUUACAUCGCCAUUCGUCGUCAACACAUACAACACCAGAUAGACUACAGCCAUGUUCGACAGUGGAAAAACUCGCCGCCUCAUCGGAAUAAAGAAGAAGCAGCUCAUCCGUCAAUAAAAGGAGCAACCUUCACGCAGUUCAACAAUGAGGAAACACAGACUUCAAGAGUAAGAAGUCGUCGAGGCACGAAUGAGUUGCUCAAAAUUUAUUCAAAUAUCGAACAACUACACUUGGAGUGGACCAACGCGCAGGCAGCCGAUACGGAAGAAGAGCGAGUUUUCCUUCAAUAG